AUGGGCAAGGUUCUCCAGAAGAAGAAGGCUCGGUCCAGCGUCUCCAAGGCCAAGGCCAAGAACAACCGUCUGAAAAAUGGCAACAAGAAGAUCAACGUGCUGGGUAACCAGAUCAUCGCCCAAAACUGGGACCGCGACUUGACACUCACGCAAAACUAUAAAAGACUCGGCCUCCUGCACAAAUUGAACGCUCCCACCGGUGGCAAAGAACGCAUUCCCGGACGCAAUGACCUCGAGGAAAAAUCCAACUCGCUUCACAUCAACGGCAGCGCUGUCGCUGCGACGCAAAUUGACGUUGGCGAGACAAAGGUCGAGCGCGACCCGGAGACCGGCAAGAUUCUGCGCGUCAUCCACGACGUUGACGAGAUCGAAGUCGCAGGCAAGAAGCGGCGACGCACAAACCCGCUCAACGAUCCGUUGAACGAACUUUCAGACAAUGAGGACGCCACUAUCAAGGCUAUGCCCGCAUCCAAGGUCGUUCAGCAGUUGGAGCGCCAGGCUGAUUUGGAAGGUGUUGGAGAAAAGGCCAAGAAGCCUCGGCACCAAAGCACACGUGAAGGCGAAUGGAUUUAA